ACUGGUGGGUAUUGUGUUAACAUUUGUCAGGAUGGGUCUUUUGCAAUAUGUGUUAGUGCUGGUUGUGCUUGUGGUGUUUGAUCUGAAGAAUGCUUUUGGAAGUUUGAGAUCCAGUCAAAGUCCAAAAAGCAAGAAGCAUCAACCAUAUCCAGCUUCCAGAGUGGCUGUUUCUUCUCAAGUGCUCGGAAACCCUUUGCAGAAGGCUUCUCCGUCUCAGGGUCUUGACUACAGCGGAUUUGCGCAAGAGCCUCUUGGUCUUCAGGAGAAGCAGGUGUUGCAGGGUCCAGUGAGGCCUUUGGACUGGAGGUUUCCCAUUGUUCCAGAAGUGCCGAGUGAGAUGGCGGUGGACUUCCGUUUGAGGCAACCUGUGACUCCCAGUAGUGUAGCUAUUCAAUGCGGUGAGAACCGGGUUCAUGUGGAGGUACAGCAGGACUUGUUUAGCAAUGGUGAACUGAUCCAGCCAUCUGGUCUAACUUUGGGAGGAUGUCCUGUUGUCGGUUUGGUCCCAGGCUCCAAGGUGCUCUUCUUUGAGAAUGAACUGCAGGACUGCAACAGUGUGUUGAUGAUGACCAAGGAUGAGCUUGUCUACACCUUUGCCCUUACCUACACUCCCGAGGCGUUUGCUGGCACUCCCAUUACCCGUGCAGGUGGUGCAGUUAUUGGUGUUCAAUGCCAUUAUCAAAGGUUUCAAAAUGUCAGCGGUAAUGCCUUGAAGCCAACUUGGGUCCCUUAUGCCUCAACGGAGGCUGGUGAAGAAGUCUUGCUGUUCUCCCUGAAGCUCAUGAUGGAUGACUGGUCCUUCGAGAGGCCUUCAAACUCUUACUUCCUGGGUGACGUUAUUAAUGUUGAGGCAUCUGUGAGUGAAGACAAAAUCCGGUUCCAGCUGGAGGCCUUCAUGUUCCAGGGGGGAUCCAGUCCUUCUAUCUACAUAACGUGUGUUCUGAAGGCCACUCUUGCUUCUGCACCUAGUGACGCGCUCCACAAAUCCUGUUCCUUUGCCAAUGGGUGGCUUGCUGCUGAUGGGAACCACCAGGUUUGUGGUUGCUGUGACUCCACAUGUGGUCCUGAUGGUGGAACUGCUGCUUCUCCUUUUGGAGGCCUUCAGUGGGAAGGGAAGGCCUCGCUCGGUCCUGUAGUGGUUCAAGAGCACAAGAAGACUUUGGCUGGUCUUCAAUAAAUGUGGGGAAGCAAACUUA